AUGGCAUCCACAUUGGCUCCUACCAUCCAUCAGGGCAUAUUGAACGUGCCAGGUUCUACUGCAGAGUCGAAAGCGGCGGCCGAACGUCUCCUGGAAAAAGACAGGAAGACGCACCACUGCUUUUUCGGCAAAAUCGGUUUUCACAACCAUCUAAGCCACCACCUGUUAGCUGCAUAUGAUCUCGGAGCUCCUCCAAAGCUUCUCGAGGCAAUCUGUGAUGCAGAGAAAGGAUCACUGUCCCCACUCCAUUUGGCAAAUAGGAAAGAAGGCUUCGUAGAGGAGCAGCAUAUCACCUUGACGUCUCAUAAUUGGACAGAAUAUCUGGGGCAAGAGAAGUACUAUGCAAACUUCCUGGUAUUCUUCACUUCCGAGAUCGCCAGCCAGGGCGCUGGCGAAGUACUCGAGAAAUACGUGUUCUCGCCCUCUGCCAAUGGAGACGGUGUCCUCAUGUUACUGAGACUCGUGGGCGGCGCUGUUCAUCCGCUCAUUCAGACAGGAUAUGGCGUUGAAUUCGGCAGCGAUGCCAUGGUCGCCCAAGCCCUCGCCCAAACAGCUGUUCAUUCACCUUUUGUUCCUGAGAUAUUUGACCUCUCUCCUUCAAAGCAGCAACAAGUUCCUCAUGAUUCAGCCACAGCAAGCAUUGCUCACCGCCAACCUUCACGCGGCCGCUCGCUACUCGCUAUCUUGCGAGAGGCAUACGUCUCCCCCGCGAUGAUGCCGGUGAUGCCAUACGACCCAGACGCGCUCCUAAGCAUGCGCAUCAAGAACGCCUUGGAAAGUCCAGGAAGACCAGAGGAGAUCCGUCGGCUUGCCGCUCAGUGGCAGGUCGACACCAGCCGGGGGCAGCAAGAGCUCGACGAGAAGGUCGAAGAGCUCCUUUGGACGACCACGCUCCUAUUCGCUGGCACCGGAAAGCCCGGGCGUGAAGCACGUCUGGACUUCUUCCUGAUGCACGUUCUCAACGCGUCCUUGUUUGUGCCUUCGCUUUUGAAGGCUAUCCCGACGAUGGAGAGCAAGGCGUCGCUGCUACGCGCGCUCGUGCCAGUCUUGCUGAUGUAUCUCACCAUACGCGGACGUCCGAGGAUCAACCCAGAACUGCUGAUGUCUUACACGGCCACGCCCCGCCCUCCUUUGCGGCGGGGUGUUGGACCGAUGCCCGACGCCACUGUAAUCGGUGAUCCCCACAACCCAGCAUACGUCAACCCGUGGCCAGCCAUCAUCUCCUCUGUCUUGUACGCGCCGGACGCGCAUACACUUAAAGCGAUACGCGCGUUGUAUUAUGCUGCGCAGGAGUAUGGACGUACACCUGCCGGAGGCGCGAUUGGGGCUUUUGACGCGGAGGGACACGAAACGCACAAGGGUAUGGCGAAGGUAGACGGGACAAUCUUCGUCAGGGCAACAGGUAUUGUGAUGGACACGCUGGGCUGGGUCACACAUGGGCAAAAGGCGGGAAACUGGGACCGGAGCGCGCUUGGCUGGGAUGACGCUUGGAAAGCUUGA